UCGCCUGAGCUUUAACCUUUCAGGGGCGGGAGGAGAGGCAGCCGCGUUCUCCUCAGGGGGAGAGAAGGGCUGACUGGGCCUGACGCAGGCCUCGCCUCUCGCCAAGCCAUUCCUACAGGCCUGGAAGUCUCCAGUCAGAUGCUGUGGGAAGUUUACAACAAAGGAAUGAGUGAAUGGUGCGAUACUCACGGGAUGCUCUGGCUGCUUCCCACUCCAGCUCAGGUCCUCCAGUGGAAAGGUGGCGCCAAACUCUUCAGUACAAUCCAUCCGAGGUCCCUGUGGCUGCCUCUAGGAAGGAGCAUAACUCUAGCAGGAAGGGGCGAGACUAAGGCCAAGAGUGACAGCAGGGCAUACCUGAGACAGGCAGGUAUCACCCUCUUGGAUGGAGGAACUCCACUGCAUACACGUCACUAGUUGUGCCACUUUGAUGCCUCCUCGGUGCAGCCUUGUUGGUAUUACUGAAUGAUUGGAAGGCCAUUCUGCAUCUGCCCUCCAUGGAAAGCAAAAGAAGAAGAAGAAGAAGGAAUUGUUAAGGGCAGAGCAGUGCAAAGAGAGGGGAUAUUAAUCAUCUCAAUGUGAUGGAACUCUAAAAGGCUCUUUGGGAACAAGUGAAAGCCCAAGAUGACCAUGCACGCAGUGAGCCCAGAGUUGGGAGAAGGGCUUGAUUUUGUUCUAGCUCAGCACAAAGGGGGAUUCUUUGGAGGAGCCAUGCAAAAGGAAUCGGGGAAGGAGGAGUGGGAUUUGUGUGCACAGCAAGGCUUCAGGCUGUUCAGCUACCAGGAGGCCAGUGGGCCAAGAGAGGUGUGCAGCCGCCUCCACUCUCUCUGCCGCCUGUGGCUGAAGCCAGAGCGACACUCCAAGGCAGAGAUGCUGGACCUGGUGGUCCUGGAGCAGUUCCUGGCCGUCCUUCCUGCGGAGAUGGAGCGCUGGGUGAGGGAAUGUGGGGCAGAGACCAGUUCCCAGGCCGUGGCUUUGGCUGAAGGAUUCCUCCUGAGUCGGGAAGAAGAGGAGAAAUUCAAAGAGCAGCAGAACAUCUUUCUGAAAGAGACAACUGAGGUGAAGAACGAGUGGGCCAUGCAAGAUUAUAACAGAGCAUCCACCGCAGUGGGAGGUGGAAUGAGAACCCGGCUUAUAUGUCCAAGCACAUCUUUUCAGUCUGGUUUGAGAACACCUUCUGCAAGACAGGGCGAGGUGAGCUUCCAAGAUGUGGCUGUGGAUUUCACUGAAGGGGAGUUGGCCCUGCUGGAUCCAGGCCAGAGAGUCCUUCACAGAGAGGUGAUGGAGGAGAAUUGGGGACUCCUCUCCGACCCAGGUGGAAGUGACCGACUGAGUGAGAAGGAAGGAGAACGUGGCAGAGCAUUGCUGCAAAGAGCCUGCUGUAAACAGAGGAAUGAGAAUAAACUAAAAUCUGACCCUGCAAAGAGGGGGAACAUUCUUUCUCAGAGUGGUGAGGUUUGUGAAAUCUCCCUUGAAGAAAUAACACAUAAAGGAAGGGAGAGACAUGUAUGUCUUGUAUGUAGGAGGAGCUUUCGAUGCAAAACAAGCCUGAAUCUUCACAGGAGAAUUCACACAAGGGAGAACUCUUCCAAAACCAGUGACUCUGGGAAGGCCUCCAGUUUGCCUUCAUCUAGAAGGACUCACACAGGAGAAAAACCAUUCAAGUGCUUGAGGUGUGGAAGGAGAUUCAAGUGGAAGUCACAAUUGAUUCCACACCAGGAGGCUCACGUAGGAGAUAAGCCAUUUAAAUGUUUGGAGUGUGGAAAGAGCUUCAGUUGGAAGAUGAAUCUCAGUCGUCACCAAGCAGUCCACAGAAGAGAGAAACCAUUUCAGUGUCUGGAGUGUGGGAAGAGCUUCAGCUGGAAAAAAAUCUUCACUAGUCAUCGAGCGAAACACUCAGGGGACGAACCCUUUGAAUGCCUGGAAUGUGGGAAGGCCUUCAGUUGCAAGGUGAAUUUUGCUUCUCAUCAAGUCACACACACAAGGAAGCUGCCUUUUCAGUGCUCAGAGUGUGGGAAAGGCUUCAGCCACAAAGGCAGCCUCAACCGUCACCGAGCAUCUCACACCGGGGAGAAAGUAUUUAAAUGCCCAGAGUGUGGGAAAAGCUUCAAUUAUGAAAUAAGCCUCCUCUGUCAUCAAAGAACUCACACCGGGGAGAAACUUUAUAAAUGCCCUGAGUGUGGGAAAGCCUUCGGUCGGAAGACGAACCUCAUUCGUCACCAAGCCACUCACUCUGGGGAGAAGCUUUUCAGAUGUUUUGAGUGUGGAAAGACCUUCAAUCGGAAAGGCAACCUCACUUGUCACCAAGCAAUUCACACAGGGGAGAAGCUGUUUAAAUGCUCAGAGUGUGGGAAGAGCUUCCGGUGGGAGAGAAGUUUCACUCGGCAUCGUUUGAGUCACACUGGCGAGAAACCCUUUCAGUGCCUGGAGUGUGGGAAGAGCUUCAGCCAGAAGACAAACCUCAUUCAUCACCAAGCGACUCACACUGGGGAGAAACCCUUUAAGUGCUCACAGUGUGGGAAAAGCUUCAGCCAGAAGUCAAACCUGACUUCUCAUCAAGUGAUUCACACGGGGGAGAAGCGGUUCAAAUGCCUCGAAUGUGGGAAAAGAUUCAGUCAGAAGGCAAACCUCGCUUCUCAUCAAGCAACUCACACAAGGGAGAAACCCUUUAAAUGCCUCGAGUGUGGGAAAAGCUUCAGUCGGAAGAGAAACCUCGCUUGUCAUCUGGCAACACACACAGAUGAGAAAUUGUUUAAAUGCCUGGUGUGUGGGAAAACCUUCAGCCAGGAGAUCAAGUUCACUUUUCAUCAGGCGACACACACUGGUGAGAAACUGUUUAAAUGUAUUGAAUGUGAGAAAAGCUUCAGUCGGAAAACAGGCCUCACCCGUCAUCAAAUGACUCAUAAUGGAGAGAAGCCAUUCAAGUGCUUCGAGUGUGGGAAGAGCUUCAGUCAGAAGACAAACCUCACUUGUCACCAAGCAACUCACACCGGAGAGAAGCCCUUUAAAUGCCUGGAAUGUGGGAAAAGCUUCAGUCAGAAGACACACCUCGGUCGUCAUCAGAGAAUUCACACAAAGGUCAAAUAGUAGAACUACUAGGGUUAUCCAGAAAGUAUUUAUUUAUUAUUUAUUACAAUAUUUAUAUCCCGCCCUUCUCACCCAACAGGGGAUUUAGUAGUAGAAUGAGGAUGAGGAAACAACUCCCAACCAAAAGCCUCCAAAACUUCACGUGUGCGACCCACCGAGUGGGGGUCUUUUGGGUGGGAGUUGUUUCCUCAUCCUCAUUCCAACAAUGGGGGGUGGGGGGUGGCUGGCGACGCAGUAUUUUGGCGACGCUGCGCAGCUGCGGGAAGGGGUGACCGGCUGGCAAGCGGCAGAGUUUUGUGGGGAAGGAGUUGCAAAGCUCAUUCAUCGCUAUGUUAAGUGCCUAGAUUUAAAUGGUGACUAUGUUUAGAAGUGGUAUUUGGGUGUGGCUUUCAACUGCAUAUGGUAAAUGUUUUCUCCUAUACUUCGUUCAUUUUUAAUUCCAAAACGUAAUCUACUUUCUGGUAACCCUCAUAGUUUCGUACUACAAGAGAGUCCUGCUUAUCCAACUUCCGCUUAUCCAACACACUGUAUUAUCCGACGCCCACCGUUGCUCGAUCACUCACUGGGCUGUGUCCUGGUUCUGCCCUUGCUACCGGGACUGGCCCAGUGAGUGGGCUAGUGAGCAAGGAAGGGGGGGGCGGGCAGCAAAGGAGAAGGAUAAGGGAGGCCUCCACCGAGAACAAGGGAAGCAUGCUGCAUUCUUCGAGUUCUGACACCAAUUCCCACGAGCUCUACCUCCGCCUCCCGGCCUGCUUGCACCAUGGUGCCCAGCGAGGAGAACCAGCUGGUCCUCAAAGAGGUUUUUAUUUAUUUUGUGCCAAAAGCAUUGCAUAACAAAUACAUUUUAAAAUGAAAAAAAUAUAUAGAGGAAAUCACAAACAACUAAAUAGUUUUAGAGCAGAAACGGGCAACAGCAACCGCAUUGUCCGUAGCUUUAAACAACUCCUCCUCCGUGCAUGAGGCAGGACAUUGUGGGCAAGCAUACAUAUGCGGAGUUGUUUGUUCUGCUCCACAGUCACACAAGGUGGAGGAUUCCUCCAGGUAGUGCCACCUUGCCAAGUUGUCUUUAGAUCUGCCCACUCCACUUCUGAGUCUGUUCAGGGACUUCCAAGUUGCCCAUUCUUGGUUUGCCCCUGGAGGAAGACCCUCAUGGGGUGGGGGGCCAUCCAGUUAGAAUUGCCAGGUUUAACUGCCCAGAGGGACAUCCUUGCUGCUGCUGGAGGAACAUCAAGAGGAGGGAGUGGUGGUUCUCAUGAAGCCCUUCCUUCAUUUGAGUCUACUGGGAGGAGGCUGAUAGUCAUAGUGGGUGGCUCAAAGAGGCGAGCAGGCGGGCUGAUGCCUAAGGGCACCAGAGGCGAAAGGGACAGGGUCUUGAGGGUGAGGGGCACCUUCGGUCAAGGGAGAAGGAGGAAGGUCUCAGGCUGCUGAGCGAGAGGACGAGGAGUAGGAGGAGGGCGAGGAGGAGCCUCUUCCCUAGCAACAGGGGAAGAGGCUCCUUCUGCCACCCUCCCUAUUAUUCAACAGUUUUGCUUAUCCGACAUUCUGCCCGCCAGUUUAAGUCGGAUAAGCGAGACUACUGUAUUGCACUUUCAAUCAGAACUGGGACCUUACGUAUUAUCAAAGAAUUCAGACACAGGAGGUACCAUUUUGCUUGGAGCAUGGAAAAUGUUAUUUCUCACAACUUAUGACAGUCAUGAAAAAUCACCAUGUAAUGGGAACCAAGUCAACAGCUGUUAAGGAGAAAGACCAAUGGUACCCAACAGAACUAGGUAAUGUAUCAAAAAUGUAUUGGCUGAUUAAUAGCUAUGGAAAAGGGGAAAAUGGAGUUCAAAGCAAAUCCUCAUCUCAACUUAAGUAUUUGCUUCCUUGUUUGAAUAGUGAAGAUUUGUAAUAUUAAAUAUAGGGUGUUUCAGAAAGAUGGACCCGAUUUGAAAUGGUUGUAUCUCUAUAACUAUGAACCACCCAUGAAUGGAAGUCUUACCUCUUCAAAGUGUGAGUCAUAGAGUUUCAAACAAUUGCCACUAGUUGCCUCUCCCUGUGCACAAACAGCACAAACAAUCAUUCCCAAGAUGGCAACUCCACAAUACAAGCCUAUUCAUUUGCAGAGUUUUUUUUUUCAGGCUUGUUUCUGGCUUAAAAUCCUUAGUAAAAUUUGAUAACUUGAUAACUCAUUAAACAGUUUGAAACUUCUCGUGUAAUUGUAACAUAUUGCUGUUGUAAAAUAUGUAGACUGUCUUGAACUUGGGUCCAUCGUUUUGAAACCCCUGCAUCUCGUUCCUAUCCCGCUGUAAUGUCAUAUAAAGCUCCCUUUGCUCUUGGAUAUUGAAAUAUGAUACUUUUGGUUUAUUGGUUAAUGGUAGAUAGUAACUAAAAUGCAAUAAAUUUUGUUAAAAAUAUAAAUAGUUAAAAACCAUAUACAGAUCUAUAGAUAUGGUUACACACUUCAGCUCAAACAAUAAUCCUCACAACCCCUGAGGAUGCCUGCUGUAGAUGUGGGCGAAACGUCAGGAGAGAAUGCUUCUGGAACAUGGCCAUACAGCCCGGAAAACAUACAACAACCCUGUGAUCCUGGCCAUGGAAGCCUUCGACAACACAACAGCUUUUGAAUUAUUAUAGGAAGAGAAUCAACUCAUUUGCAAUGCGGGGCUGGAGAAGAAGUCUGGACUACUAAAAAGACAACUAAAUGGGUCCUAGAGCAAAACAAGCAUUAACUCUUCCUUUGGAAACCAAGGUGACUUAGUAGAUACUAUCAUAAAUAUAAAUACUAUAUUUAUGAGAAGAUAGACUCUCUAGAAAAGACAGUGAUGCUUGGCAACGUAGAAAGCAGGAAAAGAAGAAGGCUUGGAGGCCUCUCAUUUAUAGGGUUGCUGUAAGUUGAAUUUGAUUUGAGGGCAGUUAAUAUCAAAUUCCUCCUGCCAACCUAGCAGUUCGAAAACAUGCAAAUGUGAGUAGAUCAAUAGGUACUGCUCUGGCAGGAAGGUAAUGGCGCUCCAUGCAGUCAUGCCGGCCACAUGACCUGGAGAUGUCUAUGGACAAUGCCGGCUCUUCAGCUUAGACAUGGAGAUGAACACCAACCCCCAGAGUUGGUCAUGACUGGACUUAGCAUCAGGGGAAACCUUUACCUUACUAAUAUCAAAUUCCAUGCUUAAGUAAGAGGGAUGUCCUUUACUAUGCAUGUCUGAAGAACAUCCCUAGACCAUCUGCGAAAGGUCAUAUAUACAUAGUUGGGAAAUAUGUCAGUGAUAUGAUAAAACUGAAUAAAUGUGCCAUUUUCAACAAUAAAUAUACAAAAGAUUUAUAAAGCUGCAUGUUGGUUCUCCUGUCACACAAUUGGUGACACAAAUUCCAUGGAUCCUCUGGGGCACGCAUGGCCCAACUUCGACCCUCCUUCUAGAUCAGUGGUUCUCAACCUUCCUAAUGCUGUGACCCCUUAAUAUAGUUCCUCAUGUUUUGAUGAUUCCCCAACCAUAACAUUAUUUUCGUCGCUACUUCAUAACUGUAAUUUUGCUACUGUUAUAAAUCGUAAUGUAAAUAUCUGA